AUGUCGAAUUUAUUACAACAGAGGUUCAAGGCAGAUGAAGGUCUCCAAGAUGCAGGUGAAUGGUACGUCUAUCACAGCUCACAGUGGAUGGUAGCCGGAAACACGGACCAUUCGUGCAUUACCCCACGGCUUUAUAUCCACCCAGAUUCCCCCUGCUCGGGAGAGACAUGGAUGAGGCAGAUCAUCAGCUUCGAUCGGGUGAAGCUCACCAACAAUGAGAUGGACGACAAAGGGCAUAUAAUUUUGCAAUCAAUGCACAAAUACAAGCCCAGAGUCCACAUUAUCCUACAGGAUUCCCGGUUUGAUCUUUCCCAGAGCCCAUCUUUGCCUGCAGCCGGUGUUCAGACCUUCUCUUUUAAAGAAACCGAAUUUACGACGGUCACAGCCUAUCAAAACCAGCAGAUAACAAAACUGAAGAUUGACCGCAAUCCAUUUGCUAAAGGAUUUAGAGAUCCUGGAAGAAACAGAGGCGUUUUGGAUGGGCUUCUGGAAUCCUAUCCAUGGAGACCAUCCCUGACCUUCGAUUUUAAGCAUUUCGGGACCGAACGUCAGAGUGGAAGUUCCAGCUCAUCUCCUGCAACGCCCUCCGGGGGAACCCCAUCACCUCUCAGCUCCCUCCUUUCUCCUGCGGGUUCUCCUCCUACUUUUCACCUCUCUGCAACCAAUCUUGGCGUGCCCUGCCCGGAUUCCUACCUGCACCAUCUUGGCCUACCCAUCUGCUACAAGAUUUGCCCUACCAAUCUCUUAAGACAGCCGUCCCUCAUGUUCCCAAGCCACCAUAAGUUGGGAAGUGCCACUGGUCCUCACUUUUUCCCCCACUUCAUGGUGGAGGUGCCCACCUUGUCUUCUCUGAGCAUCGGCAAUGUCAGAAGUGGCAAAGCAGAAGAUCUAGAUGGAGUGGUGUCCCAGGGGCCCAGUUCUGCGGGCCAGAUGUUGUACGGCUUGCAUGCAUCUGGAAACAUUUUCCCAUCGGCGCCCGUUGCCCGAGAAACUUUAAACUGUGCCUUGCAUCCUCCGUAUGGGUUCUACGGUUAUAACUUUUCAGUGCCGUCUAGGUUAAUGAAUUCAUUGAGCCACUUCAAAGUGAGCGAUGGCAUGCCACCUCUGCUCCAGGACAGCAGGUGUAAUCAUUCUCCUUGGACAUCCACAGUUAACCACUGCCUCUAA